AUGGCGCCCGAUGCUGGGUCAUAUGAGUUUUACCCUAUUACAGGGAUUCCUGUCCCAGACCCCGACUGUUGUGCUGAGACUCCUGACCAAAAAUCCGACCCUUAUGCUGAGAUUAAUAGAAAAGUACCUGUGCGCCAGGACAUUGAUGAAUGGAGCACCAACCAGCGUAACAGAAGGCAGGUGGACCUAUUCAUUCUAGCCCUGGAAAAGCUUCAGAAGAGGGAUCCAAAAGAAAGACUGUCUUACUUUCAAAUCGCGGGUAUCAAGCCAACUGCUAAAAGAUAUUACUCCAUGGAAAGCUGA